UCAUUGCAUCACCAUCUUCCACUUGCUUCAUCCCUCCGCAAUUUUCUGCAAUCCCCACCACCUCUCUCUCUCCCCCUCUCUAUCUCUUAUCUCCAUCUCUCCUCCCAUUUUUUUUCCUCUCUCCUCAUUCACCCUCUCUCUCUCUUUCUCUUUCUCUCCUCCUCUGUGUUUGUGUUUGUGUUCUCUCAUCAGGACACAAGAGAGUUCGUAACACAAAACAGAGGAGGUGUAGAAACGAAUAUCAAGAACAUAUAUAUAUAUAUAUAUAUAUAUACACACACACAUAAAGAGGUAAUUUGUUACUGUUCUAUUGUAGUUGAUAAAAUUCUCUGAUAACUAAGGUGGUGUACGUAGAAAGGAAUUAAGCAGAGUAAGAGACAGAGAGGGAGAGGGAGAAGGAGAGGGGUGGGGGGGAUCGGAAUGGCGUUUCAGGGGACGACGACGAAGUGCACGGCGUGCGACAAGACGGUGUACUUGGUCGACAAGCUCACCGCCGACAACCGGAUCUACCACAAGGCCUGCUUCAGAUGCCACCAUUGCAAAGGCACUCUCAAGCUCGGCAAUUACAAUUCGUUCGAAGGAGUGCUCUACUGCAGGCCGCAUUUCGACCAGCUUUUCAAGAUGACCGGAAGCCUCGACAAAAGCUUCGAAGGGACUCCAAAGGUUGUCAAGCCAGAAAAGCAUGUUGAUACUGAGAACGCGAACAAGGUCUCCGGUGCAUUCGCUGGCACGAGGGAGAAAUGCGUUGGAUGCAAGAAGACCGUUUAUCCGAUCGAAAGGGUCACUGUGAAUGGAACAGCUUAUCACAGAAGCUGCUUCAAGUGCACUCAUGGUGGAUGUGUCAUAAGCCCUUCCAACUACAUUGCUCAUGAGGGAAAGCUCUACUGCAAACACCACCACAUCCAGCUCUUCAAGGAGAAAGGGAAUUACAGCCAGUUUGAGAAUGAGCAAGAGAAAACUGCGAGCGAAAGCGCCGCGGCAAAUGGAGAAGCACACUAGCUGUAAUUCUCGUCGACAUGGCCACAUGCAUUUCUCCGCGAUAUCUUCGAGAGUGUAUAAAUAUCAUAAGAUGAUGGUUGAUGAUGAUGUAUUGAAACAUAAAAAGAGUUGUUUUGUGUUCUUCAAUGAGAGUGGUGUGUUGGUCCAGUGUUUGCAUGUAGAGACUUUUGUUUGGGCUUUUAUAUUGUGUUUGGGUUCUCAUUAUCUUGCUUGAUUAAAUGGACUUCCCCUUUUGUUUUUUCAA